GGGCGGGUUGGCGGCUCUGACGCGGUGGAGUGCGGCGCCGAGCGGGCGGAGCGGCGGCCCGGGCGGAGCGGAGCGGUCUGCAGCGCAGCCCCUCCCGGCCGAGCCGCGGACCCUGGCCCCAGCCUGGCUCUAUGGACAGGAGCUCGCUGCUGCAACUCAUCCACGAGCAGCUGGACCCUGAAAACACGGGCUUCAUUGGGGCAGACACCUUCGCCGGGCUGGUGCACAGCCAUGAGCUGCCCCUGGAUCCCGCCAAGCUGGACAUGCUGGUGGCCCUGGCCCAGAGCAACGAGCGGGGCCAGGUCUGCUACCAGGAGCUCGUGGACCUGAUCAGCAGCAAGCGCUCCAGCAGCUUCAAGAGGGCCAUCGCCAACGGGCAGCGCGCGCUGCCCAGGGACGGGCUGCUGGACGAGCCGGGGCUGGGCUUCUACAAGCGCUUCGUCCGCUACGUGGCCUACGAGAUCCUGCCCUGCGAGGUGGACCGCCGCUGGUACUUCUCCCGGCACCGCAGCUGCCCGCCCCCCGUGUUCAUGGCCUCCGUCACCCUCGCCCAGGUGGACCAGCCCACCCCGCCACCCUCCCCUCGCCGCAGCCCCCUGGCCGCUGGCCUCGCCGGCCCUAAAGGGUCGUGUCCCCAGAUCGUGGUGUUCCUGUGCUACGGGGCGCGGCUCAACAAGUGGGUGCUGCAGACCUACCACCCCGAGUACAUGAAGAGCCCCCUCGUGUACCACCCCGGGCACCGCGCGCGCGCCUGGCGCUUCCUCACCUACAUGUUCAUGCACGUCGGCCUGGAGCAGCUGGGGUUCAACGCGCUCCUGCAGCUGAUGAUCGGGGUGCCCCUGGAGAUGGUGCACGGCCUGCUGCGCAUCAGCCUGCUCUACCUGGCCGGCGUGCUGGCAGGCUCGCUGACCGUCUCCAUCACCGACAUGCGGGCGCCCGUGGUGGGGGGCUCCGGCGGGGUCUACGCGCUGUGCUCGGCGCACCUGGCCAACGUCGUCAUGAACUGGGCCGGGAUGCGGUGCCCCUACAAGCUGCUGCGCAUGGUGCUGGCUCUGGUGUGCAUGAGCUCGGAGGUGGGCCGCGCCGUGUGGCUGCGCUUCUCCCCGCCGCUGCCCGCCGCCGGCCCGCAGCCCAGCUUCAUGGCGCACCUGGCGGGGGCGGUGGUGGGGGUGAGCAUGGGGCUCACGAUGCUGCGCAGCUACGAGGAGCGCCUGCGGGACCAGUGCGGCUGGUGGGUGGUCCUGCUGGCCUACGGCACCUUCCUGCUCUUCGCCAUCUUCUGGAACGUCUUCGCCUACGACCUGCUGGGCGCCCACGUGCCCCCUCCGCCCUGACUG